CCGGGGGUGGCUGGAGGAGGAGCGUGCAGGCAGCGGACGGAGCUCUCAGAGCGGCCCGCUGCUCGGUCCCGACCCGGUCGUGAAGCCCCACCGUGCAAUCCUCGGGAAGUGUGACCAUCAGUGAUCAUGAAGAACCCCUUUGUGCACCUUGUUGAGUCCCUAGAUCCUGCACAACCAGAAAAGAAAUUCUUCAAUUUGAAUAAAUUGCAGGAUUCAAGAUAUGGACGCUUACCAUUUUCUAUCAGAGUUCUUCUGGAAGCAGCUGUUCGGAACUGCGAUGAGUUUUUAGUGAAGAAAAAUGACGUUGAAAAUAUUCUCAAUUGGAAUGUCAUGCAGCACAAAAACAUAGAAGUGCCAUUUAAGCCUGCCCGUGUGAUCCUGCAGGACUUUACGGGUGUUCCAGCUGUGGUUGACUUUGCCGCUAUGCGUGAUGCUGUGAAGAAGCUGGGAGGAGACCCAGAGAAAAUCAACCCUGUGUGUCCCGCUGACCUUGUGAUUGAUCAUUCCAUCCAGGUUGAUUUCAACAGAAGGACAGACAGUUUACAGAAGAAUCAAGACCUGGAAUUUGAAAGAAAUAGAGAGCGAUUUGAGUUUCUGAAGUGGGGUUCCCAGGCCUUUCACAACAUGAGGAUUAUUCCCCCUGGCUCAGGAAUCAUCCACCAAGUGAAUCUGGAGUAUUUGGCAAGAGUGGUAUUUGACCAGGAUGGAUAUUAUUACCCAGAUAGCCUUGUGGGCACAGAUUCACACACUACCAUGAUUGAUGGCCUGGGCAUUCUUGGUUGGGGAGUGGGAGGAAUUGAAGCAGAAGCAGUCAUGCUGGGCCAGCCCAUCAGCAUGGUGCUUCCUCAGGUGAUUGGCUAUCGGCUGGCAGGGAAACCCCACCCUCUGGUGACAUCUACGGACAUCGUGCUCACCAUUACCAAGCACCUCCGCCAGGUUGGGGUUGUGGGCAAAUUCGUGGAGUUCUUUGGCCCAGGAGUAGCUCAGUUGUCCAUUGCUGACCGAGCUACAAUUGCUAAUAUGUGUCCAGAAUACGGAGCCACUGCUGCCUUUUUCCCAGUUGAUGAAGUUAGUAUCAAGUACCUGGUGCAGACAGGUCGGGAUGAAAACAAAGUGAAGUACAUUAAAAAGUAUCUUCAAGCUGUAGGAAUGUUUCGUGAUUUCUGUGACUCCUCGCAAGACCCAGACUUUGCUCAGGUUGUGGAGUUAGAUUUGCAAACAGUGGUACCUUGCUGCAGUGGACCCAAAAGGCCUCAGGACAAAGUCGCUGUGUCUGACAUGAAAAAAGACUUUGAAAGCUGCCUUGGAGCCAAGCAAGGAUUUAAAGGAUUCCAAGUUUCUCCAGAACAUCAUCAUGCCCAACAGACAUUUGUCUACAAUAACAGUGAAUUCACCCUUGGUCAUGGCUCUGUGGUCAUCGCUGCCAUUACAAGCUGCACAAACACAAGUAACCCAUCUGUGAUGUUAGGAGCAGGGUUGCUGGCAAAGAAAGCUGUGGAUGCUGGCCUGAAUGUGAAGCCAUACGUCAAAACCAGCCUGUCCCCGGGAAGUGGUGUGGUUACCUACUACCUGAGAGAGAGUGGAGUCAUGCCUUAUCUGUCUCAGCUUGGGUUUGAUGUAGUAGGCUACGGCUGCAUGACCUGCAUAGGCAACAGCGGGCCCUUACCUGAACCCGUGGUAGACGCCAUCACUCAGGGAGACCUCGUAGCUGUGGGAGUACUAUCUGGAAACAGAAAUUUUGAAGGUCGCGUCCACCCUAAUACCCGGGCCAAUUAUUUAGCAUCUCCUCCCUUAGUAAUAGCAUAUGCAAUAGCUGGAACCGUCAGAAUUGACUUUGAGAAAGAGCCAUUAGGAGUUAAUAUGAAGGGACAACAAGUGUUUCUGAAGGAUAUCUGGCCAACUCGAGAUGAGAUCCAGGCAGUGGAGCGGCAGUUUGUCAUCCCGGGGAUGUUUAAGGAGGUCUAUCAGAAAAUAGAGACUGUCAAUGAAAGCUGGAAUUCCCUAGAAGCUCCAUCAGAAAAACUGUAUUUUUGGAACCCCAAAUCUACAUACAUUAAAUCACCACCGUUCUUUGAAAAUCUGACUUUAGAUCUCCAGCCUCCCAAAUCUAUCGUGGAUGCCUAUGUGCUGUUAAAUCUGGGAGACUCAGUAACAACUGACCACAUCUCUCCAGCUGGAAAUAUUGCAAGAAACAGCCCUGCUGCCCGCUACUUAACUAAGAGAGGCCUAACGCCACGAGAAUUCAACUCCUACGGCUCACGCCGGGGUAAUGACGCCAUCAUGGCACGGGGGACGUUUGCCAACAUUCGCUUGUUGAACAAAUUUUUGAACAAGCAGGCACCGCAGACUAUACAUCUGCCUUCUGGAGAAACCCUUGACGUGUUUGAUGCUGCUGAGCGGUACCAGCAGGCCGGCCUUCCCUUGAUCGUCCUGGCUGGCAAGGAGUAUGGUGCAGGCAGCUCCCGGGACUGGGCAGCCAAGGGCCCCUUCCUGCUGGGAAUCAAAGCUGUUCUGGCCGAGAGUUAUGAACGCAUUCACCGCAGCAACCUGGUGGGCAUGGGGGUGAUCCCCCUGGAGUAUCUCCCUGGGGAGAACGCAGACAGCCUGGGCCUCACAGGGCGGGAACGAUACACGAUCAGCAUUCCAGAAAGCCUCAAGCCACGCAUGAGAGUCCAGGUUAAGCUAGACACCGGGAAGACCUUCCAGGUCAUCAUGAGGUUCGACACCGACGUGGAGCUCACAUAUUUCCAUAACGGGGGCAUCCUCAAUUAUAUGAUCCGCAAGAUGGCCAAGUAGACCCAGCCUGGGUGCUGCUACCCACAAGGCACAGGGCUCCCAGCCUCCCCAGCCCCCACAAGGCUACAGCCUUGUGGACAAAGCCAGUGGGCUCUGCAGUAUUGAAUGUCGUCCCUGCAGGGGAGAUAUUUCCACAUGCUCUACUUCUUUUAUCUUUUUAUCGAUUCCUAGAACUCAGAAGCUGGAAUCAUGAGAAGAUCAAUAGUGUCAGAAA